CUCUGCUCUCAUUGGUCAGACACUACUCCCUUGUUUAUUUCCGGAAGUAAGUCGUCUUCGGUGUCAGACUUUCCAUACGGACUAUUAAACCGUAUCUACAGCGUCAAGACGACAGGAUGGCACAUUGGUUUCACAGAAACCCAUUGAAGGCUACGGCGCCCGUGUCCUUCAACUUUUAUGGAGUGGCAGGAAGUCCCGCUGCAAAUAAGAUAUGCAAUGACCUAAGGACAACAAGGGCGAGGCUGCUGGAGAUGUUUACUGAUGUCACUUGCAACCAUGAGAUGAUGAAAAAUGCCACGGAUGCAUACUUCUCCCUCCUUCAAGGAUUUCUCCUACCUUUGGAUGGAACCACACAGGAGAACAAGAUGAGAUUCAUCCAGAACUUCAAGUGGACUGACACCUUACAAGGAAACGCACCAAGUGCGCAGCAGGAUGUAAUCUUUGAACUGGUCUCCAUGGCCUUCAAUGUAGCCGUGUGGUACACAAAGUUUGCCUCCAGACUCGCAGGAAAGGAAAACGUUUCCGAAACUGAAGCAAAAGAUGUUCACCGGAGCCUUAAAGCUGCUGCGGGUAUAUUCAAAUACCUCAAGGAGGUCAGCAUCCCUCGUCUCAUCACCCCCGCUGAAAAGGGUCGGGACUUGGAAACCAGAGUGAUUGACACAUAUAUCAUCCAGUGCCAAGCAGAGGCGCAAGAAGUGACAAUUGCGAGAGCUAUCGAACUGAAGCACAACGCCACCCUCAUCGCAGCGCUUUCCUUUGAGACUGCAAACUUCUAUCAAAAAGCUGAUCACACACUGAACACCUUGGAGCCUGAGUGCAGCAGCAAAUGGAGGAAGUAUCUUCAGCUGAAGCAGCACUUUUACAUGGCCUAUGCGUACUGCUACCAUGGACAGACACUGCUGGCGAGUGACAAGUGUGGAGAAGCAAUACGGUCUCUCCAGGAGGCAGAAAAGUGUUACUCCCGUGCUGAGGCUCUUUGCAAAGAGUAUCGUCAGACCAAAGGCCCCGGGACCACUGCUAAACCAUCGGAGCAGCUGUUCUUUCUCAAACUAGGCGGCCUCAUUAGAAACACUCUGGAGAAGUGCCAGAGAGAAAAUGGCUUUAUAUACUUCCACAAGGUCCCCGCUGAGGCCCCCCAGCUGGAGCUGAAGGCGAGUUAUGGCCUGGCCGAGCCGAUCCUCUUUGAGCUCCCGCCCCUCAGCGAGCAGUGCACUCCUGAGGUCUACGCCACCUUUGACCUGACUAAAGGAGCCAAAAAUGACAAGGCCAAACCAAAGGAGGAGGAGGUGAAACCAGUGAAGGAGCCUGAUCUGAAGCCUCAGAAGGACACAGGCUGUGUGGUCUCCUAAACCUUCCACACCAUCCAUUUUUAAGCCUCAUGCUUCAGCAUCGUCUCUUGUAAUGAUGACAUCCAUAUUUUGUUAUGUUCAUGUAAAGCUCCAUAGGAAAAAACAAUCUUUUUUGUAAUAUAAAUCCAUGCUGUUUUACAUUUAUGCUGAAAUAUGUGUAUUGUAUUUGGGUAUUACAACAAUAAUCUUUGCAUCUAUGCCAAAACCAGUAAAAGCCUCUAAAGAGCUUUUCAUAAAGUAAACUUAUAACAUUUAUAGGAUGGAACGUUCUUUAAGGUUAUUGUAAGUAAUUACAAGUUAGCUUAAAGUAAUGACUUCAAAUAAGGACGUUUUAAGGAGACUUUAUAUGGAGAGUAGAUCUAUUAAUAGUACACAAGUCGGCAUUGCAAUCCUGUUCACUGUGGCCCCUUAAAGAAGCGUCUGUUAUUUUAUUACAUUUUGCAGUUAAAGGAAGAAUGUGCAACAUUUUACUCGUAUAUAUAUAUACCACAGAACUCGGUUAUAUAGCCUGCUAUGUAAAUAUCUCUGAGUCAUUACUGUCAAUGAGUGAGUGCGGGCGAGUCCCGCUGGCUGUGUUGUUGUUUUUGGAGCCAUGUUUGCAUCUGGUUUAGCUGUUUAAGUCAAGGACUACAGAAAAGAAGAACAACAUAGCCUUUGAUGUCACUUAAGCGUUUUAGAUCACGGUCAUUCUGUGUAGAUUUACAUUCAAUCUGCAGCUACGAGCUAACUAAAGUGUGCUAACAUUAGCCCGCUAACAGCACAAUGCAGGACACAGGCAAUUGCAGCUCGAGCCAAGGACAGUUCUCUCCUGUGCACACUGAGGUGAGGGAGGUUGGAGGUGUGUCGAUGGGCUUCAGUAUGGCUGAGCUGUGGCCAAACAGCACUUUGUUUUAGUUUCAUGCUGGUGCUCAAGGGCGACAUCUAUUGGAUCAAAAAGCAGCACAUUCUUCCUUUAAGUGCUCUGAAGUCAUUCUAAAAUGACUUAAACAAUGACAAUCUGUCCAUGAAAUAUUAAUUAAAACAUUAACCCUGAAAUAUGGCUCUUCAAAACAUGCAUCCUCUUAUAAAAUAAAUAAGGGAUAUUUAUGUGGAAUUUUUUUGGGCCUCAUUGAAUACUGACGCACACAUUCAGAAUUAAAAAGUGUAGGGAGUUGAUUUUCCUUUGUCAGCCUCGUGCUGAAUACUGUAAGAUGAUGAUUUGAUAAGAACUUGCUCACUGGAUGCACAUGCCUGUUGUAAACCAAUCAACAGUGAACAGACAAAACACUAAUACUGCGUUCCUCCAUUGCUGGUGCAUUUAGUUUGUUAACUAGUUCACAGUCAGCAUUUGAUUUAGGAAACAUGAGUUUAAACUGUAUCUCUUUUUUUGUACAUGACAUGAUGUAGCUAUUGUUUUUCUAAUUAUACUCUUCAUUUAAGAAAAAUGUACACGUUUAUAAGGCUGAAUCAUUCUUUUUGUUUAUUUUAGAGAUAUAUAUCUGAUAGUACUUCUGAAUUUAUUUUAAUCAUUCUUCACAUUUGUAGUUGAACACUAAACACAAGACAAUAGUAUACAGUCCUGUGUAACUCAAGUCAGGUUUGGUGUUGAUUUGAUUUGGCGUUUCAGUGGAUAUAUCCUGUAUAACCCACUGAUUCAUUGGAGGUUUUGCUGGUACAUAAUGUAUUAACAUGAAGUGUUAUCCCUUUCCUUGAAGACAGUUAAUGGGGAAUGAGCAUAAUCAAAUUCUAGGGAUUGAAAUAUGUGAACAGUGGGGGCUGAGAUUGAAUGUUCUGCUGCUGAAGAGCUGCUCCAGUCGCUUCACAGAUGUUGCCCAUUUUGUAAAUAGUCGGCCUGCUCAAUAAAAUAAAGUUGCUGAA